GGGGUAGAGCUUUCGCAGGAGAGACGAGGUCGUGUGCCUGCCUGUACUCAAUCACCUACCACUACUCCUCCGCCAUCGACCGUCUCUCACACACACCAACUGACAAGCACCAUCGCUCCUAUCCUCAUCUGGACUGGAUUGAUCUGCUGCGUGAACGGAAGGAUCGAACGAGAUGGCCGCGCCUGGCCUGGAGAAGGAGGUUCUUACCAUACCCGUCACCAACCCGUCCGCACCUCCUCUCGAUGUGACAAAGCCCCCAUCAACCGGAACCAAUGCCAUCUUCGACACAUUGUACGAUACAUAUAGCUCCUUCCUGGACCGGAGAGCGGCGCUGGGCUUGAGCAACCCCGGCACGGUGGAGAGCAUCGCGAAAGAAGUGCAGCGUGACGUCUUCCUCUCCGCGCAAGCCUUCUCAGGCCUUCGCGCCGAGCUGAACAAGUCCUUCUCCCUCAACCCCAUCUUCCAAGUCAGCCACGCCUUCUCCACCGGCUCGCAGUUCCUCUCACCCUACACCUUCCUCGCCCUCUUCGGCACCGACAAUGUCCUCCUCCAAGGCCAAGUCGACUCCGACGCCUCCUUCUCCGCCCGCUUCAACCUCCGCCCCCACCCCCGCUACACCUUCAAAUCCUCCGUGCAAAUCCAACCCUCCUCCGGCAUGUCCCCCGGCGGCGCGCAAGUCUCACUAGAGCAAGACUACGUCGGCGACGACUUCAGCGCCUCUCUUAAGAGCAUCAACCCCAGCAUACUAGAAGGCGGCCUGACCGGCAUGUUCAUCGGCUCGUACCUGCAAGCAGUGACGCCCAGACUGGCACUCGGCUUGGAAGGCGUCUGGCAGAAACCCGGCGGCGAGAUGGGACCUGAGGCGGCGCUCAGCUACGCCGCGCGGUACAAGGGAAAUGACUGGAUAGCGUCCGCGCAGCUCUUGACGCAGGGUGGUCUGCAGGCUUCGUACUGGCGGCGGCUGACGGAUAAGGUGGAGACGGGCGUGGAUGUCAACUUGCAAUUUGCGGGUCUGUCCGGGGCGAAUGCGAUGAUGGGUGGAAUGCGGAGAGAAGGCACGGCGACGUUGGGCGCGAAGUACGAGUUCAGUCGGUCCAUUUUCCGCGCGCAGGUGGAUAGCCAGGGGAAGAUCGGAUGUUUGUUGGACAAGGUCAUUGCGCCGCCGGUGAGGGUGACGUUUUCGGGGGAGAUGGAUCAUGCGAAGAACGCCGCCAAACUCGGCCUAGCAGUCUCUAUCGAAGCCUCCGGCGAAGAACUCAUGGAGCAACAAGACAGGGUCUCGCCCGCUGCGCCGCCCUUCUAAAACGCCAAACCGUCCGCAGCGACGGCUUUGGAAUGGCGGACAAAC